AUGAUGAUGAUUAAGUACAUUUGUUCCAAGCCCACGGGCGGCGGGCCAGCCCCGUUGAUUUUGAACCCCGUGGGAAAGUGGGUAAGGGUGCUCAUCUUGCUGCAUAUCAUCUUGUUCUUUGCCGCCUCCGCCACCUUCGUUUUCCCCUCCGUUGGUGACUUGUCUUGCCCCGAUCUGCUCUUUAACGUCAACUACUGCGCAACCUGUUCUGCUGUGGCGUUCGCGAUGACGAUUUAUUUCAGUCUGAUCUACUGCCAGAGCUGGGGUACCGAAAGGGAGUGGGCCAGUGCAAGCCUGAUUACGAUGGCUUUGGCGAUUGCCGACAUGUUGGCGGCAGGCUGGGGCAUUAUUCUCCUUGUCGAAUCAUCAUCGAGCAUGACCCUACAGGAGACAUCGGAGGAGACCAAUUACGGCUGCUCGGACUGGAAAGCCUACUUCUUCUAUUAUGCCACAGCGACUCUAAUCUCCAUUCACGUCAUCAUUGCACUCUCCUGCGCCUUGGUCUCCAUCAUUCUAGCUCAAGGUGUUGGAGCCCAGCUGGAGGAAAUUCGAAGAAUUGUCUAA